CAAAUAUAUAGUGUAAUGAAGCGCGGUUGGUUUCAGUACUCGUCGCGGACAGCGCGGAGUCGGUCCGCGGGCGGCGCGGGUGUAGUGACCUCAAGUGAACGGCGCGCGCUGUGCGCGGCCGGUGAGGCGCGUGAUAUCAGCGCGAGCGACGUUAUCAGUGCGCGAUUAGAUACCGCCGCGAGCGCACCGCCGCACCUGAGCGCGGACAACAUGAGGACCCGGGACCGGCUGGCCGAGCUGCAGCAUCUGGCGAGCGGCGCGGCCGGCAGCGUGUACUGCGCCACCGUGACGCCCGGCGAGCCCGCCGCCGCCGCCGACCACGCCGCGCACAUCCAGGACAUCUUCCGCGAGGUGGAGCGCAUGCGCGGCUGGAUCCACGAGCUCGACAACAACACGCAGCUGAUCCGGCGCCUGCACUCGGACCCCACCUUCCACACCAACAAGAACUUGCAGGAGCAGUUGGAUGCGGCGGUGACGGCGUCCAACGCGACCGGGCUGAAGGUGAGCGGGGCGCUGCGCCAGUUCGAGGGCCGGCUGAGCACGCGCAACGACGCGGCGGCGCGCAUAGCACGGCUGCAGUACGCGGCCUGCCGGCGCCUGUACGCGGACGCGCUGCAGCGCCACCACGCCGCGCUGGACGCCGUGCGCGCGCAGCAGCUGCUCCUGCUGCAGCACCAGAUCCAGCUCACCCAGCUGUCGGUGUCGGAGGAGGAGUGCGAGGCGCUGCUGGAGUCCAACAACAUCGCGCUGUUCGUGGACAACGUGCGCGCCGAGACCGCGGAGGCGCGGCGCGCGCUGCGCGACGUGGAGGCGCGCCACGAGGAGCUCGCGCGCCUCGAGGCCGCGCUGGUCGACGUGCGCGACCUCUUCACGCAGCUCGCGCACCUCGUCGCGCAACAGCAAGACCAGGUGGACAGCGUGGAGUACUACGCACUGCAGGCCACGGAGCACGUCGGCAGCGGCGGCACGCAGCUGCUCAAGGGCACCGUCAGCCGCACCAAGGCGCGCAAGAAGAAGCUCGGCCUCAUCGUGUGCCUGGCGGCCGGCUUCGGCAUCGUCCUGCUCGUGCUCGUGCUCACGUGACCCAGGCCCGCCACUGCCCGCCACUGCCCCGCUGCGUACUACUACCAAACACUAGUCAUUGUUUUCUAUGAAGUUCCCCAAUAAUUUAUGUUGUACUUUUAAUUGUAAUUAUAUUAUAAGAAAUAAAGGUUAAUAUUUAUC